GCAUUUCAGCAAACAGUAAUCCUUCCUUCUUUCCUGAUCGUGGGUAACGGCUAGAUGUUCAGGAAUCUUGAAAACGAAAAACUUUUCAGCUAGGUUUUAUGACUCUCAGAUCUGUGUUUUUCAACUUGUCAAAUUUCCUAGUUGUCAUUGAACAAAAUUCAAAAAACAAACUGUCAUUAACGAUCAGCAACCAGCAAUAUCACCAGUCAAAUUUAAACAUUUUGUAUAUAAACAUUAAGUGUAUUAUUGUCUACGCACUUUUGAAACUUAUAACUAUGUUUUUAACUUCUGUCCAUUAAUUCAGCUUUAUAGAAUAUACGGUACUAACUACACUCUUCUACCAAGAAUUCUGCUUAGCCCAUAACAAUGUCCUCGUAUUUUGAUUAUUUUUGUACGCACAUAGAAAAAAAUUCGGAUACUAUUAGAGGAACUUGUAAUUCUAUGUGCCCAGAUGAAGAGGUUAUUUUAAGAGAAAGGGAGGAUUUAGUUCAUGUACUGGAGGUACUGGGACCAAUAAGAAAAUAUGUGAAAAGCUACAGUAGAUCAGCAGCUGACACCAACAUCGCAAAACCGAACCUGCUUAGACCAUAUUCUGUACUGAUUGAUACCUUGCAUUAUCUACUGCUUGAAGUAACAAAAAGAAGAGAAGUGUCCUCAGUGAUGGUUUAUGACUUUGUGAAUGACAGACUAAGGGCUAUAAGACAGGACAUGACAAUACAGAGAUUACCUCCUGAACAAUGUGUUAAAUUAUUGGAACCGAUGAUUCGUUUUUAUGUUUACUAUGGAUACAAAUUUUCCAAUCUUCCUACAAAAGGAUUUGAUUCUGACUUGAACAAAAAAUAUUUAUUAGAGUGCAUUAAAUGGUUUCUAAGUUGCAUUGACACAAUGGAUCUGUCCACUAACAGAAAUAUUGAUUUACUCUCUGAUUUUAUUUCAAAUUUAAACAUAAAAAAUGUAAGACGAUACACAUUGGGUUAUGACAGAGUUUUAAUGGAGUGUUUGUAUAUAUUGUGUAAUCUAGAUGAUGUCCACCCUUUAUAUAGAUAUUUGAAAUUUUCAAAGGAUUUGAAAAGUGACCCAAGAUUAAAUUUGGCAUUUAAAAUUGCGAUAGCAAAUAUGAAAGGAAAUUAUAUUAAAAUAUUCAAAUCAAUGAACACCCUGUGUCCUCUGAGCUAUUGUGCUUUGUGCACAUAUCUGCCGGUGCUGCAAAGGAAAGCAUUACUAACAUUAGCCCAUGCAUAUAACAGCAAAAAGUUUGUAGUGCCAAUCGAAGUUAUAACACGUUGGUUGAGGUUAUCGAGCAAUGGGGACACAAUAAAGGUGUGCUCCCACUAUGGAAUAAAGACCGAAGGAAACAAUAUCCUCUUCAAUAAGGGGGAGUUUAAAACUGAUGCUUUUUUGCACCAAACCAGUUUAGAAGAUGACACAAUGAAGCAUCUAGAUUUAAGUAUAGACAAUAUUUUUACAUAUAGUUCUUGAAGAUCACAUUGGAAUCUUAAACUAGAAUGUUAAUAAUAAAUAAUAAACAUUAGACAACUGUACGAUGAAUGAUAUCGAAGCCCCACAGUGCGCAAUGUAUUUCUUUAUAACAAGCCCCAUGACAUACCUAAUGAUUGACCUAAAUAACUCUCACAAUUUAAAGACUAGAUGAUUUAGGUAGAGUUCCCAGAAAUCAAACUUGUAUGUACAUAAUACCUAUAUGAGCUGGUAGUUUUGGUUAUUCAAAACGAAGCUGUACCUAAUUAUUUCGUAGACUACCUGACUACUAAUAAGACAAGUGUCUCUCUCUCUCUCCCUCUUCAAUCGGUCCCUUAUUGUUGAGGAUCGUGACUCCGUUUGAUUCCGUCAACUAGCUGUCUCCAUCGAUCUGUAGCUUGGUGGAGUACGUCGCUGACAGAUAUUUUUAGUUCCUUCGCUAUUUGGCCCGAC